AUGGGUAGAUCAAAAAAAAGAUCAAGAGCUUCUUCGUCUCGUUUAAAUCCACUGCGCAAAGCUGGCUCAAAUAACAAUGAUAAAGACAGCAAUGUCGUCACCAAAAAACUUCAACCGCUAUUGCAUAGUUUGUCGAGCGUGGUUCCAAACGACAGGAGUAUUGCCCUGAGCUCCAUCAGUGUCCUUUGCGAAGAUGCACAUAUGAGACAAUUGCUACUGAAAGAAAAAUUAGUUCCAAUUAUCUUGACUAGGCUAUUGAGCGAUUCUAAUUCGGACAUUGUUGUCGAGUCAUUUGGCUUACUAAGAAAUCUGUCUCUGGAAGAAGGGUACGACGUAUCGAUCCAUCUUUGGAGGUCUGAUAUCUGGACAAGUAUAUCUAGCAAUUUUGCAAAGAUUAUUGACUCUUUAUCCGCUUUACAAGCGGCAGAACAACAAUCCAAGUCAAAACCCAUCGGUAAUGCCAAAGUAGAAUCUAAAAGGCUAUUAUUUGAUUUUGUGGAUAACUUAUUAUCUCUGGUAGUAGCUCUAUCUAAUGGGUCUGACGAUAUCCUCAAUGAGAUAUUAAAAGAAGAUAAAACAAAUGAAAUAUUCCAAGUCAUUCUGCAAUUACUAAAAUAUGGUGUCGAAAAGUUGCCAAUUAACCUAUUUAAUACUAUCCUCGAUUUGGUUUAUGACUUGAGUUCCGAAUCAUUCGAGUUCAUUGAGCACGUAUCUAACAAUACGUACAUAUUACAAUUCUUAAAUGAACUAUCUCCAGAUUUACAUCCACAAGCUAACGAAUUAACAAGGGUUCUUGUUGAAGGUAUCCAUUGUCAGUUUCUAGAUAUGAAUAUAACAUAUGAUCAGUGUAACAGGAUUAUUCACUCUGUAUGUCAUUCCAUUAAUAACAUUGAUCCAGUAAAAUUAAUGAAUGACAUUAAUGACCCGGUAGAGAUUACACCCGCCACCGAUAAAGAUGAAAGCAGUAAAGUCAUAGAUAAAAUUAAAGAUUACAAUGCUAAACGUAACGAAUCCAUGAUGAAAUUGCAAAGCAUUGAAAUAGCAAUCGACCUUAUUACAGCUGUCACUGAAAUAGUUGCGUCCAAAUAUGAAUUGUCAGAAUCGCAUGAAGCAACGAUUCCAGACGAGCUAAUUAAUACGUUAACAAAUUUCUUACCCCAUGUUUUUAUGAUUUUGAAAGAUACUUUCACGUCGCGAAUAUUGAUCGGAUGGAAUAAUCUGAUUUGGUUGUUUGUUUCACUGUCUCUAACAGAUUUAUCCGAAGAGUUGUUAACCACUUUGUGGACAUAUGUUACGCAGUUGGAUAGUCAAGAUGAUUUGAGUAUCAAAAUAGGAAGAAUGGGUUGUAUUUGGGCAAUUUUGAAACUCAUAUCCUCGAAUGAGGCAAUUGAUAGUAACAACCAAGCAUUGAUUAACAUACAAAUGAUGAAUAAUUUAGAGUUUGUGAAAGGAAUUACUGGUGAAUUCCAAAAUAGCGACGAUUUAGAACUAAAACAGAAAUGCAUUAAUGUGUUAAGCACAUAUGCUAUGAUACAAGGGCAAAUAGAAGUAAAUAAGGAAAUUGGACAGUUUUUCGUGCACACUUUAAUUCAGUCAGAUGUGCAGCCGGAGGUCUUGGUAGAAAUGACAAAUUCGCUUUUCCAAAUAUAUGGUGAUGCGUCUUACGAUUAUAAUGAACCGAUAUUCGUAAGAGGUGGAUUUUUACCUAUUUUGAAGGAGCAGGUGCUACCAAAUUUGAGGCAGCAAUUCAAAAUGGUUGAUAAAAACAAAAAUCCUGAACUAAAAGAAACGUGCCAUGAUUGUCUUACCACGUUGGAUAGUUUUAUUCACUAUAAGAUCAAUGAAAAUCCCGCUAGUCCGUAA